CUCCCCACAGUGUGAGCAGCGCGGGCGGGAGGCGAGGCCGGGCCGGGGACGUGCAGGUCGUCGCUGUCUGCUGGUUCUCCCGCCGCUUCUGAGGGAGCGCAGAACGAGCCUGUCACUGCAAUGAUUCUUCUUCAGUUCACUGCCAGGAAGCUUGUUUCGCAGGUGGGAAAUUGUUUUAAACGGCCUCCAAAAUUGCAAAUGACUCAGAUUGAAGCCAGCCGUCCAAGUUCAGAUUUGGCUGAAUUUCGGGAAGUCUUUGCGAAAGCCAAGCACAUAACCAUUUUAACAGGCGCUGGAGCUAGUGCAGAGAGUGGAGUUCCCACCUUCCGUGGAAAAGGGGGCUUUUGGAGGAAAUGGCAAGCCCAGGACUUGGCUACCCCGGAGGCUUUUGCAAGAAAUCCUUCUAGAGUAUGGGAAUUCUAUCACUAUCGCCGUGAGCUGAUGUUGAGUAAAAGCCCAAAUGCUGCACACAUUGCUAUUGCUGAAUGUGAGGCUAGACUGAGCAAGCAAGGCAGAAAGGUUGUGGUCGUCACUCAGAACAUUGAUGAACUUCAUAAAAGAGCAGGAUCAAAAGCUAUGUAUGAAAUUCAUGGCAGUUUAUUCAAAACACGCUGCACAAACUGUAAACAUGUAGCAGAGAAUUACAGGAGUCCGAUUUGUCCAGCUUUAGCCGGAAAAGGUGCACCAGAUCCUGACACACAAGAUGCCAGAAUUCCAGUUGAAGAUCUUCCCAGGUGUGAAGAAUUUGGUUGUAAUGGUCUACUUCGUCCACAUGUGGUAUGGUUUGGAGAGACUUUAGAUUCUGAUAUCCUGAUGGAAGUGAACAAGGAGCUUGAGAUCUGUGACCUUUGUCUUAUAGUUGGGACCUCUUCAAUCGUUUAUCCUGCAGCAUUGUUUGCUCCCCAAGUAGCUGCAAGGGGUGUGCCAGUAGCAGAGUUCAAUACUGUUGUCACAGAUGCCACCACAAAAUUCAGAUUUCAUUUUCCAGGCCCAUGUGGAACAACACUACCGCCAGCACUUGCUCGUCAUGAAAGUGAAGUAAUUUUUUAAGGAACUUGAACACGUAUUCAGAAGUCUUUUCAAAUAAUUAUGAGUAGGUCAAGUGAUAUUAUCAAAUUCAGCACUUUAAAAAGAAUUGUGGUGCUUUCAGCGAUAAGAAAUCCGUGUCACUGCUUGAAUGACAAAGGACUUUUAAUGACUCAUGAAUUUAAUUACCUGAUUAAUUGUAUUGUUCUUCUUUUGAAUUUAUGAAGUAGUCCUUUUUAAAUGCCUGUCAGCUGAAUAGGACUGAGAACAUUCAAUCAUUGUACAGAAAUGUCUAUAAAUAAAACAAUUUAAAAAUGUAAA